AUGGGCAUGGGCGGUGUCUCGGCUGCUCAAGAAUCAAUCUCAUGGCUUCUGCAGAACCCCGGCAAGGGCCGUGCAGUGGCUGUGGUCGUUGGUGGGGCCGAGGAGGCUCUCGAAGCCCGUCCAGGUGCCACUCGUUUGCGUCUUGUCAAGCGUUACGGAUUUGUGCGCUUGGCUAUCCAAUAUCAUUGCCAACUGGUUCCUGUUUACCACUUUGGCGAAAACGAUCUCUAUGGUGAUAACGGGACCGAGGACAACACGCACCUUCGCAGCUUGCAGACAAAAAUCAAGUCCGUCUUCGGGUUCGCCCCUCCGCAGCUCCGCGGCACCGGCCUCUUCACCUCUUUCGGUCUCCUCCCCAAGCGCGGCCCGGUCACCUCGGUCUUCGGAAGUCCCAUCGAGUGCAAGGUUGACGGCCACGAAUAUGGCACCACCCCUGAUUUGGCAGAUGUGGAACGCGUGCACGCCGCCUAUUGCGAGCAGCUGAACGAGCUGUUUGAGACGCACAAACUUGGCCACGGCUAUUCGGAGGAGGCUAAACUUGAAUUCUUC